AUGCGACCGUCUGAGAAGUGGUGGCGGCAGUACGGACACUCUGUAUUCCAGAUAAGGCUGGCCAACACGCGCGUUGUGGUCGUGAAAUCCUUCGAUGACUGCCGCAAGAUGCUACUGAGCCACCAGAACGCACUCAUCGAUCGGCCAAAACUUUACACAUCUUACUGCGUAAUCUCCAGCACCCAGGGGUACACGAUCGACUCAUCACCGUGGGACGAGCCAUGCAGGAAGAAGCGCAAGGCCGCGGGGACAGCACUCGGACGACCAGCGCUACGGAACUACCACCCACCCUAUGUUCGAUCUGGAGAGUUGCUGCAUUUUACGGAUCUAUAUCGCGACAGCAAAGAUGGUGAGGCUGAGGUCAGUGUGAGACCGUAUUUGCAGCGGUACGCGCUCAACACGACACUGACACUCUGCUACGGUAUCCGCAUGGAUGAGGUUACGACGAAGUUCUCAGUGAGAUCCUGUACGCUGGUUCGGCAAUAUCUCUCCUGCACAGCGCAGCUGAGAAUCUACAAGAUUACAUCUCGCUUCUCCGGAUACAUGGACGGCUGCCGUGACGGAGGAGAGGGUGACCUAUAUCAAUGCGAUCAUCAAGGAGGCAGCGCGGUACUAUACUGUCAGCUCGAUGAGUUUGCCGCGCAAGAAGUGACAGAAAUCAACUGGAAUGGGGCAAUUAUUCCGCCCAAGACGAUGAUCUUGAUUAAUGCCCAGGCUGGGAAUCGCGACCUCUUCAGCAUCAAAGCCCACGUUGCUGUCGUGACUGGCGGCAGCAGCGGGAUAGGCCCCAUGGUCGCCAAACUAAAGGUGAUUGGAUUUAUAGGGAUUAUGACCAACGGUGCAAGAGUUCACAUAGUCGCCCUCCCAACGGACCCGAUCGACGAAACUGUCUCGGACUUAACCUCCUGGGGUUCAGCAUCCUCAGGGGGCUCCGCACAGGGUUACGCCUGUAAUCUCUCAUCCAAGUCUGCUCUCCUGGAACUGGCAUCGUACAUCUCCAAGGCCAAAGGGGGGAAGCUCGACAUCCUCAUAUCGAACGCUGGAACCCGACGGGAUCCGCCGGUCGAGUGUAAUGUCUUCACUGCACCCCUGUUUGAACUGCAGGAAUCCAUGUUCUCACGGACCGAACAUGAUUGGGAAAAUACAUUCAGCGUCAAAACAACGGCGCACUACUUUCUAUGCGUUGAUCUUCUACCAUCACUGGCUGCGGCCACGGACUAG